AUACCCGUCAAACAUCAGUCUAAGUUAUGUUAUCAUCUUUCCCUACUUCGUCAUCGUUUCUGGAUGAUACAUAAACUAUUAUUUGGAGAGAUACACUCCUUUUGGAUACCUGGCUCUGAAGUGAAUUUGGCUGAACUUCUGAACAUUCCUAUUUGGAUUCAGCUGCCAGAUCUGGAAUUGAGAUUUUGGAGCCUAAAUGCUCUAAGCAAAAUUGGCAGCCUCAUUGGGAAACCACUAAGGGCAGACAAAUCUACUGUACAAAAGAGCAAAAUGAGCUAUGCCAGACUUCAAGUGAAGGUCAGGAUGAAACAAGAGUUCCCAGAGGUCAUCUACUUUGCCGAUGGAAAAGACAGAAUUAUAUCACAAAGGGUGAAGUAUGAGUGGUGCCCCAUUGUAUGCUCUCACUGUGAAGGUUUAGGCCAUAAUGAAGAAAAGUGUAGGAAGAAGACAGCUCCUAGACAGCAAAAGGUCUGGAGGAAAAAACAAACUCAUGCUGAAAAACAGAAAGAAGAAAAACCUCAGGAGAAGGAAAUAGAGAAUGACAACAAGGAGGAAAUGGUCACCCCAGAAGGCAAUUUUAUCACUCAGGUGAAUGAAGGAGAGAAAAAUGAAGGCUUCACUGAAGUGGGUAGGAAAAACUCAAUAAAGAAGAGAUGCCUAGGAGAAAGUUUUACAAUGAUAGCUCAGGGGAUUGAGGUGCCCACAGUACUGGUAGAGGCUCAGUAUAGUGGGCAAAGGCCUUUCCUAACAUGAUUGGUAGCUGGAAUAUAAGAGGGCUCAACAGCUCUAAUAAGCAGAGUGAGGUGAAGAAACUCAUAAAUAAAUACAAAAUAAGUGUCAUGGGUAUCCUUGAAACAAAAAUUAGACAGGAGAAAUUUAAGGAUAUUGAAAAUAAGAUGUUCCCUAACUGGGGCUCCUAUAUUAAUAAUUCAUCUCAUGAUUUGGGGAGAAUUUGGAUUGUUUGGGAUAAAAGGAUUGCUGAGGUGCAAAUCCAACAGGAAUCAGAUCAAGCUGUGCAUUGUGAAGUUAGGAAGCUGGGGGAAGACUAUAAAUACUAUAUUACCUUUGUAUAUGGGGCCAAUGAUAGUAUUAACAGGAGAAGACUGUGGGAGAUGCUCAAAAACAUAGCUGAUAAUAUGCAAAAGGCCUGGUGUGUUCUUGGGGACUUCAACUCCAUAAUGGGAACUGAAGAUAAAAUUGGAGGACUGCCAGUUAAAGGGGAAGAAACUAAGAAUUUCUGUGACUGCAUUAGAUACUGUGACCUGGAGGAGAUACCAUAUACUGGUGCUAGAUAUACUUGGUCAAAUAAACAAGGUCAUGGAAAAAGGAUAUACUCCAAACUGGAUUGGGCCUUUUCAAAUAUGGAAUGGAUGCUUAGACAUGGAACAAAAACUCUAGUAGUUGAAGAAGGCAUAUCUGACCACUCCCCUUUCAUACUCACAACUAUUGUUAAUAAGCACAGAAGCACCUUCAGAUAUUGUGAAAUGUGGAGCUUAGAUCCUGCUUUUAAUGACAUUGUGAGAUCCCACUGGCAGGUUAAUCAUUUGGAUGGGAAAAUGUACCAACUAAUACAGAACCAGAAGAGCCUGAGGAAGCCUUUGUCUAAACUACAUAGAAAUGGGUUCCAAAGAAUUCAUACCCAAUGUGAGGAAAAUAGAGAAGAGCUGCUGAAUAUUCAGAGGAAAAUGAAGGAGGAUCCCCAGA